AUGGCGCAGAGUUCCGUACUUAGAAAGCGUCCGAAUGAACGGAAGAUGGAAUCUGCUGAAAAGCAAGGAAGGACAGAUCGUUCACAUUCUACAACAGAUGGUGUUUCUUCCACUAAGCCAGUUUUUAACGAAAAGGAAUCCAAACGAAAUGCUAUCAUUGUUAGAACAAUCUGGACCUUUAUCAUGUUAAUCAUAUUUUUUUUAAUAAUUGGAAUUGGCCCUUUUUGGAUUAUUUCAGCAGUGUUACUUAUUCAGGUUGGUGUAUUUAAAGAACUCAUUUCUAUUACAACUAAAAAGGCGACGAAUAAAGACCUGCGCCAUACGGCUUAUCUCAAUUGGUAUUUCCUAUUGACCACGAUUUUCUAUCUGCAGGGUCGCUCAUUUGUGAGAUAUUCGCUAGAGAAUUUUAUAGUCUCUCAUUAUACAGGUGCCAUUGCUAUCAAUCUUCUUAUGAACCAUAAGUUCAUUAGUUACUGCUUAUACGUGCUGGGUUUUGUCUUCUUUGUGUCUUCAUUACGAAGAGGACAUCUCAAAUUCCAAUUUGCACAGCUCUGCAUCACGCAUAUGAUUCUGCUCUUAGUUGUUUUACAAGGGUACUGUAUUAUCAACAAUAUUUUGCAUGGAAUCUUCUGGUUUAUCCUUCCAGUUGGGUUGGUUAUCACUAAUGAUAUAUUUGCCUAUAUAUGUGGAAUUACCUUUGGUAAAACGCAGUUGAUUUCUAUUUCACCCAAAAAGACGGUUGAAGGCUUUAUUGGCGCAUGGAUCUGCACAACAAUUAUGUCUGUCUUCCUUACUUUUAUUUUCAGCAACAGUGCCUAUUUUAUCUGCCCUUCAGCUAAUGACGUCCUUGUUAACUGUCUUUCUGGUGUUCAGUGUGACCCGAAUCCUGUCUUUAUACGCCAAAUUUAUAGGAUUCCAAGUUAUCUUUCCAAAAUAGUAGGAAAGGAUCUUAUUCAAAUACGUCCCAUAUAUUUGCACGCGAUAAUUCUUUCUAAUUUUGCAUCGUUAAUCGCUCCAUUCGGUGGGUUUUUUGCAUCAGGUGUGAAGAGAGCAUGCGGUGUCAAAGAUUUUGGAGAUACCAUUCCUGGUCACGGUGGCAUCACCGAUAGAGUUGAUUGUCAGUUUUUGAUGGGAUCGUUUUCCUACUUAUACUAUGAGACGUUUAUCUCUACUCAUCAACUUAAUGUUGGAAACUUGUUACAAACGGUGAUUAUUAACCUUAGUGCUGAUGAAAUUGUUCAAUUUGUGAAAAGUCUUCAUUCCUAUCUCUACAAAAUUGGUGUUAUUGAUGAAGAGACGUUUAGAAAGCUCAAUGCGUUGAUAUGA